AUGACAACCGAUAAGUUGCAUCCGACUGAUUUAAGAGAAGGCCUAGGUACUGUUCCUCUACUCCACCUAAUUCCUAAACAAGACUUGGCUCCAUUGGUAUCAUUCAAUGCGAUUGAUACAGAACCCAAUGAUAUUGAGGAGAUGGAAAUCACUUCUAGUUCUGUCGCCAAUAAAAUGAGAUCUGCAAUGAAUGGCAAUCCGGAACAUUUUAGUAAAGUUAUCGACUAUUUAGCUGAAGACUUUCGUUCUUUCGAGGACCUAGAGUUAGAUGAUAUUACAUUCAAGAAACCAAUUAUUGCGAAGAAUCCUCUGACAGAUAGGCGAAAGAACCCUGAAAUUUUGCCAUUUGAAAAGAGGUUAUUCGAAGAAAUGAGUGAAGUUGACGAUUCUUGUAUUGAAGACAACACUAUUAUUAUGAAUACACUACAAGUAGAUAAAUCAGAGUUUUCGAUUCAAGAUGAUUACGAUGCAAAUAAUGUUUUGUCUAUUCAACAGCAUAAUGAGAAAUUUAACCAGAAAUUCGAACUUCAAAAGAAAAAAAUGGCUAAUCAGAAUGUAUUCCCUAUACCUGCUCCAGAUGCACAUUCAGCUAGUCAAAAUAAACGUUUGUUGGAUAAUACAGACGCAACUACGGCACAACAGACGAAACGGUUUCAAAAGACGUCGUACUUAGAGCGAAACCAACUCAAAACUAGAGCUUGCAAAGAAUUGAUAGAAUUAAUUAAUGAUAUCGGCUUAGUUGAUGAAGAUAUUAAUAAUGACAAAUACUUUUCUAGUAUAGGUGAAAGCAAGCUAUUAACUACUGAAACGUUAAUAUUUGUUUUAGACCGUUUAUUGAGAAUUCUGAAUGACCAUGUCAUUGACCAAGUAGACCUUGAAUACUUAAUUAGAGUUGAAAAGCUCUGUAUUAGAUCUAUAGCUGAGGGAGUCCUGACAAACUGGAAUGAAUUAAUCGAACUUUCUGAUGUCAAUACUCUUCAGGAAUUCAUGAAAAAUUACGAUAGUGUACGGAAACUAUUCGAGCUGGCCUUGAAUGGUACUAUUGCAGCUAAGAUUAUUUUGCUGAUACUUGACAGUAGAAGGAAUAAUAAGGAAUUAUUUUUGGACGAGUAUUUCAAGUCAAUCAUAGAUUUAAUUUACUUAUUAGUUCAAGAUGUAAUUAUUCCCUUUGCAAGCAAAACGAUACCCGAUAUUCAAAUAGUAAAUGUUUUAAGAGGAUUUUGUUUGGGGCUAAUUACUGAUGUCUGCUCAAUUAAAAGCAUGGUAUCGAGCCAUAUUGAAAAAAAUGAAGUUGAUGAAUAUUUAUUAACGAGACUUGAAUACCUAUCCAUUAUUAUAGUUUUUGCAGAGUCGAGUAUAAAAGAAAGAAUGUCAAUAGUUGGUGUGAGUAAUUUUGAUAACUUGAAAGUUUGUUCAUGUAAGGUACUCACAUGUAUUUUUAAGCAUCAUUUAGACCAAAGACAGUUUAUUUUAAACGAAAUCCUAUCGAAUUUCGAUAAACUACCUACCCAGAGAGUUGCAGCUCGGCGUUUCAAAUUAAAUAGAGGUGGAAAUAUUCAACUCACAACAGUCUUGUUAUUGAAUUUGUUACAGAGCUUUGACAUAUCUAGAUAUUCGCUGGAUGCGAAUGAAGCCAGACAGGUAAAUUCUGAUGACAAAUAUAAGCCGCUUAUGGAAAACAAGAGAAGGAUGAUUAUGGAGAAUAUAUCCUUGUUACACGAAGAGGUUACCAAAGCAUCUAAUGAUAUUGCUACAUUUUUGAUGAAUAAGUUAUAUAACAGCCCUGAUAAUCAGCAAAAACAAUCUCUUGAACUACUUUUAGAAGAUUUACUUGCUGUUGUAAUUUUGCCUGAAUGGCCAUCUGCUGAAAUUUUGCUAAUAUCAAUAUUUAAGGCAUUGUUAUUUGUUAUACAAUCAGGAACAUAUUCAUCUUUGAUUGAAACUUCUGCAUUAGAACUAUCUGGAAUGAUUGGUGCUAAGAUUUUUGAAUUGAAACAAACAUGCACUGGUGUCCAUCAAUUGAACAUUAACUCCUCCAACGAAGAUAUCCUUUUUUAUUCUGGAUGUUUUAUAGAUUCGCUUGAGUACGUACAAUUGCAAUCCAUGAAAAAUACGAACUAUAUCACAGCUUUCAGGCUUUUGAUCUUGAAAUUUAUUUGCCGAAUCAAAGUUAUUAUUCAAGAUAAUAAUCGUGGCAAUACAGAAAAUCAAUUAGCUGCUUUGAAUUCUGACAAUGAUAAUUCAUCCCAACUUGCUACAGUUAAGAAUGAUGUCAAUUUAUUAUAUGAUCGUCUUUUAGGUAUUUUAGCUGAUGACAGUAUUAAUCUUAACCAAACCUUGAAAUCAAAUAUGGACGCCCUGUCUAUAUCGUCAUAUACACAAAUAUUAUUAACCCAAGAAUUGCUAAAUCUUUUCGAUAAUUUUCUUAAUGUCAUGGUGAAUACCUUAGAUAGUACAAAAGUCAAGUCAAAAACUAAAGCAAUAAGGACUUUGUCGUCAUUGAUUGAUAUUGAUCCAACAUUAUUAGUUUCUCCUAAGAUUCAAGAGUCUGUGUCUAAAAGAUUAUUGGAUUCCUCGCCCUUGGUUAGAGAUGCAGUUAUAGAUUUGAUUAGUAGAUUUAUGCUGUCCAAGCCAGAAGUCAUUGAUCAAUUCCAUAGACCCAUAUGUGAUCGUUUAAAUGACGAUAGUAUUCAAGUACGAAAGCGUGUAAUUAAACUUUCAAAGGAAAUGUAUUUGAAAACUGAUAACGUAUCGAUCAAAAGUCAAAUAUCUAUGAAAAUUUUGAGAAGGUUAGAUGAUGAAGAUGACAUAAUGGCAAGUAUUGCAAAAUCCUAUUUACUUGAACUAUGGUUUACAUCCUUAGCAGAGGAAAUUAACCCAAUGGAUAUGGGGCAAAUUCUGGAAGCCACCGCGAAGAGAGCAGAUGUUAUAAUGGAAAUUACCAGUAUUGGGGGGAGAACUACGGCAUAUUUUGAAACAUUCCUAACAGAGUAUGUUUUAUGCAAUCCUGAUUCUAAGGUAAUGCUGACCGUAAAAUUAAUCAUAGAUAAAACUUUGGAUCGAAUUAUUGAUUGUGUUAAUACAAGACCCCAAACACAAGUUGAGAAGGCGUUGAUGCUUAUCUCGACAUUUGUUAAAUGUGAUGGUAAACUAAUGACUCAAGACCAACUAAUUUCAUUGCAACCAUAUUUGGUAGAUGAAAAGAAUUCAGGAGAGGCUGUUUGCUUCUAUAGUUUACAAAUACUUAAAUACGUUCUUCCAUGUUUUCCAGCGUUGAGGCCGGGAUUUGUUGAUGCUGCCCAGACAUAUUUAUUACGUCGGCUUACCAAAUUCAAUGUAAAAGAGUUACAUGAAGCUAUGCCUUGUGUUUGGAGGCUAUGCUAUAUGAACAAAGAUACAGUUAAGCUAGCGAAUGCAUCAAUCUCGUGUAUGAAGCUUAUAAAGCCAUUCAUCGAUUUAUCGAAGAAAGAUGAAAAGAUAGAUUUCAACACUAAAUUACAUAGAUUGCUUCAUCUACUCGGAUGCUUUGGGACAUAUUGUAAACUUGAGAAGCACAGGGAUAUAUAUCUAAAAGCCCGUAUUGGUUUAAAGGAAAAUGAAACAGUUAUAAGUGUGAUUACAAAGUUUCUAUUGUUUUUUUGUGGGUCUAACUUUCUGUCUCAAAUUAAAAAAAUUGCAAUUAAGAAUAUUAUAAGCGUUUGCUCUACUCACCCAAAAUUGUUUAUGUCUGAGGCUAUCUUGAAAGUUUUAGAUCGUGAACUUGACAAUGUUGACGUAGAUAUUAAACGAACUAUUAUUCAAGGGUUUAUGGAUUUUUUAAAGAACGAAGAUAAUAAUUCAAAGAAACUUAAUGGAGUACAAACAAAAUCAUCGACAGAAAUAAAGUUAGAUGUUGCAGUUUUUCAUGGUGAUGCUAAAUCAUAUGUAAAUGAUGGUAUCUGUGCUGGUAUAAUUCAAAGGUAUUUAGAAAAAAUACUAGAGUUUUGUCUUCAAGAAUCAGAUGAAUUAGCUGUACUACCUGUUCAAUUUGUUCAGUUAGUAAUUAAGCUAGGUUUUGCAAAUCCGAAAAUUUGCAUUCCAUAUAUAAUUGCCUUGGAGUCCACAACAAAUCCACAUAUCAGACACAUUGCUUUUGAAUUGCAUACCGAGAUGUUCGAAAAACACGAAUCUUUGACUGAUUCGAGUUAUCUCGAAGGUUUGAAGUUAGCAGUAGCUUUUAGAAAGCGGACAUCUAACAAUAUCUAUCAAGAAAAAUUCUUUAUAAAUAAUUUAUAUUCCAUUGUAAAUGGAAAUUAUUCCUCAAGAAAAAAGCUCAUUUUAUCUCUUGCCAAGGUAUUUAACAUCAAUCUUGGUUUUACAAAAUUGGAAGACAAUACAUUUCAAAGAGAUACUAUUAUUUAUACGGCAUUUAACAUUGCAGCCAUUCAUUUUGCAUCUUUAGAAGAAGUACUCAUAUUUGUUUACAAUAUUGAUAGAGUAAUAUCUAGAGAAGGAUUAGAUCUAUCUGAUAAGAUCUUGAAAGAGACGAAUCCUGAAUCAUCGAAUACUCAGUCAAUUUCAUACAAACGGAAUUUAUGUGUAAAUGCACAAACAUUAACUGCGUUGAUAUCUUUCCGAAAUCAUUUAGUUGCGACACAUGCUAUGACUGCUGUUCAGAUUGAAAAUUACAAACCGAAUAGGACGGAGCUAGAGUUAAGACAACCCCCUAAACUAGUUAACGAAAUCCCAUUAUCUAUUGAAACCGAAGGAUUGAAUUCAGUCUUAAAAACUUCAGACAGCUUUGGCACUAUCUACACGAGAUUUUUUCAAGCAAUCCAUGAAUUUAUAGAAUAG